AUGCUCGCAGAACCAAGAAAACGCCAUAAUGGCCAACCGCAAGCCUGCGAGCCAUGUCGCAAGGCCAAGAUUCGCUGUGACCAUGCAAAUCCGAAGUGUUCGCGUUGUGUCCUGCGCAGCCUGAACUGUGUUUACCACCCUGCCCCUAUGACCAAGCGCCGCCCCCCGAGCUCCCACACACCCAUACACUUCGACACAACACUGCCCGACCUACCGACCACCCAAAAUGUCUCUAGCGCUUUCCAAAUUCCUACCGAAUGUUUGGUCGGAGCAGGAAUCUCUCAUUCCCCUGGGGAUCCGAGCCCCGCUGCGAGUUCGGGGUUAACAGCCCGUUCUAGCGCAUCAAAACGGAACAUGCUAUUUAACGAGGAGUUGGGUCAACACGAGACGACUCGCUUCUCUGCUGUCUUUGUUGAAAAUCAAGAUAGUUUUGGCGCAGUGAUGCUUGAUGCCACGAACCCCAACCACCACGAGAUAGGCCGAGAGCCUGAUGUAACGGCCAGGUCUCGCGUAGAGUUGGCUGUCAGAACACUGCUCAACUUCCCCACUGCUCGUACAUGUGACAUGCUGAUGGCAGGUAUCCAUCACAUCUAUGAUGUAUGGCUGUCACCCACCAUGAUCCAGCAAUGCUUGAAACAAGUAUGGACAGAAUACGCCAAUGAGCUAGGUGAGCUGCGGACACGGGAUUCAGUAUUGAGAGUGGCAAAUGAUAUAUUUGUCAACCACAAAAGGCGCCACUCAAUACCUGACUGCGAUGUCCCAAGCAAUCCCGACCAUUUUCCCUGGAUGAACUGGUUUGGUGGACCUCAUCUGCGAUGGGAAAUGAUCGGGAUUCUCUUUAGCUGGGCUGGGAUUGCAUUCAGAUGCAAACAAGAGUGGGACCCAAUAUUUGAUCUACCCGAGCAGUAUGGACGGAAUCGCAACAGUGCUGCAGACAAGAUGAGAGAGUGUGCUGCUGCCUGUGUAAGGCUCUGCGAAGGGAACUUUGAAAUCAGUGAUACCAUGGUUAUUUGCAUGAAGAAUAGCACCAGAUUGCAAAGCAUUAUCAUCAGUGAUGAGAGUGACCGUGUACGAGUCGACUACGGGACUGUCCGCAGUGCUUUUAUAACCGCCGGAUUGCACCGCCUCACUCCUGCGAAGGAAAUUACGCCGUUUUCUCAACACCGAGCAACACUUGCUUCGUCGAUGUAUUACUACGACAAAUGUCACAGUUUGUUCAAUGCGCGACCACCUAUGCUCAGUAACCGUUACUGUCAAUGCCCUCUCCCACUCGAUUUAGGCGAGGAAGAUGUAUAUGGGGGCCGAGAAAGACUGACCGUGGCCAUUGCGAAGCUUGACUCGAACGGCUGGAACACAAAUGGUCAGAUAUUCGCAACAACAUGGCUUCGAGCACUAGCGAUGCUUAGUCCUAUACGAGAGGGAAUUCUGGAACUAACUCUUAGUGUCAAUUCGAAGUUUACCAAAUCGCAGGUAGAAGACCUACAAGUCCAUUUGGGAAAUAUAGUUGCUUCAUAUCCUCCACACAUUCAGUAUCAGGGGAACUCUGAAUGGCCCCCGCAGUCAAGCUCACGAUUCCAUGAACGGAGCGCUGAUGAAGUAUAUAUCAUCACCCGCAUACAACUUGAUGUAUUGCAAUGUCAGUUCCUCCUCCAGCGACUACUUGUUUCACAGCAGUUCAGUGGUGGCCAAGACUUGUUCGAUAUCGCCCAAGAGACAAUGUCUGUUAUCCUGUCUCUCUGGCUUAACCGCGAUCGCCUGCGGGAAUUUCACCAUGCCUUUGACUGGAUUGCAGUAUCAUACGGAAUGCCCUGUGCGGGAAUUUUAUGCGUCGAGCUUCUCCGAGCGAGUAAUCUAGUACCUCCUGCAACACAAAGCGAGCUUCUAUCGACGGCAGCUCGUGACUGUGUUAGAUUCUCGCGGUCGGAUGUUGUCCAAAAUCUAGUUAUGUUCAGAGCAUUACUUGACUGGAUACGGCCCACGGAUAACAAUGCGCAGCUUAGCAAGAAGUUCAAGACAGUUAUACAGAGAAUCAUUGACGCUGUAUUUGAUUCUUUGGACUCGUCGUGUGGCAUGCAAACACAAGAGAUGCCGAGCGAACAGCAAUCCCAGAGACACUAUGGUCCGCAAGAUCAGCAGUCUCCAGGGCAAAAUCCACCUACUGCGACAGGCAGAGAGCAUGAUAUUGACUCUGAUAUGAACGCCUUCAAUUAUAUGGAUUGGCUCAACACCGUUGAUUGGACUCAGGGUGGUUGGCUUGAACAAAGUAAUCCGCCCUUUUCAUAUUAA